UUUAAACAUAACAUUAGCUAUUAAGUAAAUAGCUUUUUGAAUUUACUACUGACAUAUGAAGUGGAGUAAUACAUAAAUUUUCACAUAAACCGCCAUGUAUAAAAAGUUCCGUUUUUCCAUUGAUGGUUUAAAAUAUACUUUGAGUGCACGAUUUUCAAAAUGGAUUUUAUAAAAUAACCUCAAUAAAUAGAAUUCAAUCUAAUGAAUAGCUGAAAAGAAAUAUAUCUGAUGUUAAUAUAAUUGUAUGUUAAGUAAGGUACUAGUUUAGUCAACGCCAUCAUAAUGGAAAGCCCAAGACGAGAUGGCGAAAAUAAACUUGCUAAAACGAUUAAAGAGCAAAAUUUAAAGUUUUCUGUGGAAUUCGAAAAUGGGAAUGUUGCUGGACAUAGAGACAAUGAAUCUGUAACAGAAAGUUUUAAAGAUACAGAGCAGAAUACUAACACUGUUCAGACUCGGGAAACGGAAACUACUGUCACUAAGACUUCGCAUACAACAACCACAACACAAAAUAAAGAAGUAAGAGUGACAGAACAGACUGUGAAAACAGAGAAAGAUGACAUUAAAACAACAGAACAUAAUACCCGAAAGGCAGCGACUAAAAGGAAAAUUGACGAUUCAAGAAAACAAAACAAAGAUUUGAAGUUGCCUCCUAUUGUUGAUAGUAAAACGUCACCAAGAGAGACUAAGUCAUUCGGAAAUACAAGAUCCGAGGGACAGAAAUGGGAGAAACCAGGGGACCCAGGACAGAUCCCCAUUCAAGCCAGAAUCAGGGGACCAGGACCUGCUCACUACAUGUUGCCACCGACUGUCGGCAGAAACAACGCUGAUGUAACAAAGCGUCAAUCUCCAGCAUUCUCCUUUGGGUCAAGGUCAUGGUCAUUCAAGACUGACAGUCCUGGACCUGCCUACAACUUCGACCCAUUGCUAGGCCCAAGGGGCAAGGAGAACAGACCUUCCUACUCAUUCGGGGUCAGACCCAGAACACCGGUCAGGAAAAAUGUUACACCUGGUCCAGGCGCUUAUGACACCGACAGGCGCCCUCUGUGGGAGAAGAACGCGCCACAAUACAGUAUAUCGCCGAGGACCAAGAUGCGAUCCGUAGACAAUGGUCCUUCACCUAAUGUGUAUCAGCUCCCGUCAACUCUAGGUAGCAAUGUUCCAAACCAGAAAGGCGCUCCGUCUGUUACUCUAUACGGCAGACGAGAAAAACACGGCUUUGCAGAAGAUCUUGCAAACACACCUGGACCAGCGAGAUAUGGCGCUUUUUCGCCUUCAGUGACGAAACGAAAGAGUCCGGAAUAUUCUGUUUUAGGAAGAAAUUAUAAUUACAAGAAUAAAAAUAUUACUCCUGGUCCAGGGGCAUAUAACCCACAGAAUGUAAACAGCCAUUUGGAACAGUCCCCUCGUCACGUGAUUGGUGUUCGGCAUUCGGAAUUCGUAAUGCCGACAAUAACACCUGCUGACGUCACCGAAUGAUGAUCUAUAUUUAUCUUAGUUAUGAUUUUUAUUUCAGCAAUAGUCUUAACAGUUAUCAAAAUAUAGCCUUACCUUUUUAUAUUAAUAUUUUAUGCAGUUAAGAAAGUUAGAGAAAAAAAAAGAUAUUUUUGUACUAAAUAUCAUUGGUUGGAUGUCUUCAUGAAGAAGCGCGGAUGCAAGAAUAAAAAUAGUUCCGGUAAUAUAUUUAUAUACUAUUGAAAAAAUAUCACGGAAAACUGACUUUUGUACAGAAAGAUUAUUCAAAAAUGUAUUUAACUUUUUAAUAAAGCAUGUCUGCAAAAAUGCUUUAAAUCACGCUACAUUACUUAUGGUUAAAUAUGUAUCCAUGAAGAAACCACAUUAUGAAAAUGUUUCUAUUUUUACACAACAAAUACACCGGUAUGUACUAAUAAACUUUGAUAAUGUGGCAGUUGAGUCCAAUAAGUCCAGGGAUGUUCAAAGAUAAUCAGUCAUAGAUCUAUUGUAAAGCAAAUAUUGGAUUUACCUGUAUUCAAAAAGGCUUCAGUUAGCAGAAAUGAAACGUUUUUAAUGAAAAAAAAACAUACUUCCUAUGAAAAACUGAUUAUCACUCAUUAUUACAUGUCGUGUUAGUCCGUUUUAUUUUCAGUGAGAAAUAAACCAAUUAAUGUGUAUCUUUACUUAAAACGAAAUAUGCGAUCAAAGAAUUACUUAUUUAUUACUUGUUUGGACUUAAUUUUCCUAUCAAUGAUAUACGUGCCGUUAUCUACCGUACAAUCAUAGUUUUGAGCUAUCGUUUGCGUGUAUUCAGUCAGAUAUACCCGUGACACUGCCAUUUCACAGGCGAUGCUUACUCUCUUAAAAAGUAGUCAGUUUGGUGUAAAACCACAAUUUCGUUUGAAAUAACGUAUGAUGGUUAUACCUACGCAUGCGUAUGAUGGUUAUACCUGCGCAUGCGUAUGAUGGUUAUACCUGCGCAUGCGUAUGAUGGUUAUACCUACGCAUGACGGAACUAAAAAUCGUCGUAGUACUAUGAAAAUAUUUCAAUUUUGAUCACAUGUUUUAUGUAACAUUUAACCGUAAUAAAAAAUCAAGGAUGCAACUUAUAUUGAUACGUUUUGUUUAAAUUUAGAUUUUUUUUUCAUUUAAAUAGGCCUUUCACUGGUGCAAUGAAGUUAUACAUGUACUUCACAUGUUGUGUUAAUGUCUAUUACAUUUGUUUGUUUUUGACAUUUAUGUCUGUUCGUAUUAAAACAAAGUUCAUUACAAAAUGUAUGUACUUUUUUAUGAAAUAACCUCUUGUUUCAUUUUUAUAUGAUCUGUAUUUAAGGCAUUUCAACAUGCAUAUUUCUGUUACACAUAUUCAAAUUGUCACAUACAUAACACGGUUUAAAGAAAUGAGUGCCACAUCGUCAGUUAUGUAAUAAUAAUGUAUAUGUACUGGCAGAAUCGUUAUAGCAACACUUUUUAAAUAAGCUUUUCUUUUGGAAAUAUUUGAGAUAUAUAAUGAAAAAUUUAAAUAUUUACUUCCCCAUCUAAAACUUAUUAAAACACACUUGCUGUCAUAAUUUUCAUUAAAAGUUUAGAAACAUUUAAAGGUUUUGCUUCGUUCAGUUACAAAAUGUAUUUAUCUAACAAUUCAGUAUUCUUAUAAUGGUAUUCAACAGAUGUUAAACAGUAUUGUAAAUAUUUCUUUACUUUUUUAUUUACUGUAUGUGAGUCGUGAUUUUAUGUAAUUAAUUUUCGUUCAUUUUUGUUGUUUUAUCUAUUGUUGACACUUUUGUUACAAAAGAGGUUUUUUUUCAAGUUCAUGUCCUUGCAUUUUAAUUAACCCUUAUACUGUUGGACACGAUUGAUUCUGCCUUUGCGACCAGUGUACAUCAUAAACAGCCUGCACAUCCGUGCCUACACUGUUCGCCAUUCAGUCAGAUCAUUUUGGUAUGCACCCCUUUUAAUAGUUAAUGUUACUGUUUAAAUUGAAAGAUGGAUAACUCUAUUAUAGAAAUUUAACAGUGUAAGGGUUAAUGGGUUUUAUGACCGUAAUAUGUUUAGGUAAGCUAUUCCAUCGCACUUAUCAAAGAACCAGAACUUGUUCAUUAGAAGAAAUAUGUUUCACAUGUUCACAUUUUGAUGGGCGGACGGGAAGUAUCAUUCUUUAAAUUGAAUAUGCAGUAAACGCAUGCACAUAUUUUACACUUAUUGAAUGACCUGGCGGUCAGAAGUCAAAACUAUUGCCUGAGAUCCGAUAGACCGAGGGGAAAUAGUUUUGACUUUUGGCCAGUAAGCAAUUCAAUAAGUCUUUUAUUACAUGAUAUCAGAAGCAAAUUUUCAGAACAUUUUUCUUCAAGUUUUGAUUUUAGCACAGCAAAAUUUAGUGUUGAACUAUAGACUGGUCAGUAACACAAACUAUGGACUGGUGACUCAUAUAAGAAGUCUGAUACUAAGAAGUAUGUUUUCGACGUUCCUUUUUUGUGCCCAGUCUGUUACGUUUGUUCAAAACAUUAAACAAUAUUUUUUUGAGAAAUGUAAUAGGUAAACAGGGAUACAAGGAUGUAAACCUAAGGUUACAUAAUGGAGAUACGCUGCAUAGAAUUCCUCAUGUAUAAGAGAAUAAUAAUUCCGUCCUUGUAGAUGACACUUUUCAGUUAACGCAAUAUUUUUAUCGGGUAAUUUCUCGAACUCGUAAUUUACUGUGAUAACGGGCACCAUUUUUUUGCUUACUCGAAUGAUUUUAUAUUGAACUUUCAUGUAGACCACUAAAUUAAAUGUAUUGUAGAGAUAAAACAAUUAUAUAAGUUGACAAGUUACACCAUUGUUGCUCAAUUUGUGAUAUACUUUGUUAGAUAUUUUCAAAAUAUAUUAUUUCAAAA